AUGAGAACGCACAGGAGGGAGAAGCAGCAGGUACCGUGGAAGAUGAGCCGAGGAAUACCCAGCUUCUUCGCCGUGCUGCCCGUCCAAGGGAGCCCCAUGUCGGAGAUUAUGCAGCUCGCCGGGAUCUCCAAGUUCGAGAGGUACUCGUCCACUGUUGGCCGUAGCAUGGCGGUCGCUUUGAAGAAGUUGAUGAUCAGCUCCUUAGACGGCAAAGUGUCGAGACUCUCGCAGCCCUCAGGCAGGCCGGCCUCCCUGCAGGGGAAAGGUAGCUCGACGAGGCGGAUCGGGAGGCCUGAUGCCUGGGCUUCUUCGACGCUCCUCGUGAAGCGAGCGGCGUUGAGAGGCGUGGUGAUGAGGCUGGUGAGCACCCCCCGCGCGGCGAGCAGGCGGGCUAUGUCCACCAUGGGGAUCAUAUGCCCUUGGGCCAUCAGUGGGAUCAGUACAAAGUGGCCCGUGGCUUUCCCCUUUCCCGGCGAAUUCAUCACUAUUCCUCCCGCGGCCGGCGUUACAAGCAGCAAGAGCCAGUGGAAGAACCAGACCUGUUAA